GCACUUUGAUCAGACUUAGUCAAAGGUGCAGUUGAACUACGGGAAGGUUACAUUCACACAUUACAUUAUAUUUCUGUUAGAUACCACAGACGGUAAAGGAUGAAGAGAAGAGGCGGUAAACAGGACAAUAGAUCCUCAGCCAUCGGAAAGGGGUCCAACAGACCCCAGAGGAAGAAGGCGGAACCGUCUCGCUGGGGGCUAAAAAGGGGCUUAUUGGUCCUCUUUGUUGUCUUCAUUUUGGUGCCUGUCUCCUACAUGAUGCUCCCAGAAUUAAUCCAGCACUUUGUUUACACUCACCGGGUCAGAGUGCCGUUCUUUGUUGACCUCAGCCGACCUGCUGAUCUCUCCCUUAAUCACACCAUCAACAUGUAUUUAACAUCAGAGGAGGGAAUUUCCCUCGGUGUAUGGUACACUGUCCCUGAAAGUCGGUGGAAAGAGGCACAAGGGAAGGACUUAGCAUGGUAUGAGAGCUCUUUAAGCGAUGGAAGUCCAGUUUUCAUAUAUCUUCAUGGGAACACAGGCACAAGGGCAGCCACUCAUCGGGUGGGAGUGGCAAAAGUACUGAGUGCGCUUGGAUAUCACGUGCUGGUGCCUGACUACAGAGGUUUUGGAGACUCCACCGGGGAGCCGACUGAAGCCGGUAUGACCACUGAUGCCCUGUGUGUGUACAACUGGGUGAAAGCGCGCAGUGGAAGCAGCCUCGUCGUCCUCUGGGGACACUCUAUUGGCACUGGAGUGUCCACCAACACUGCAGUCAAACUGGUUCAGCAAGGUGUGGUUUUGGAUGGUGUGAUCUUGGAAGGUACAUUCAAUAGUGCUCGACAGAAGAUUCCAUUUCAUCCUUUUACUUGGUAUUACUGGAAGUUCCCAGGCGUUGGAUACCUUUACAAAGCGCCAUGGGCAGAAAAUAAAGUUGUCUUUCCUUCUGAAGAGAAUUUGAAGAAAAUGAAAAGCCCAAUACUUUUCCUUCAUUCAGAGGACGAUCACUUGGUUCCUCUUCCGGUUGUUCAGCAGAUGCAUGAGGUUGCAGCAAGUGCCCAGACUACAGAGCGAGUGAAGCUGGUGACAUUUGAGGGUUCUCUGGGAUAUCUACACAACGGCUUAUACAGAGACCCCCGCCUGCCCGACAUCAUAAAGAGGUUUGUGCUGUCGCUGUGAUGCCCAAAAGACGACUGAAGCAGAAAUCUGGAAACCAGCUGCGCUUAUUUCAUUUAAUCUCAAUUAAUUGAUGCUCUUUGUGUACUGUCUGUGUUGUACAAAUAUAUCAUUUAUUUUAUGAAUCCAGAAAAUGUAAUUUUGAAUGUGUUGAAUGUUUGUUAUUUUAGAAAGAACCACUCAGGAUUUGAUUGAUUGCAAAGUGUGUUUUUCAGUGAAUGACAAUUGUUUAAGAUUUUUAUCAUUGUUAUUAAAAACUUGAAGUGUAAUGAGGAUAUGACAGUAGGUGCCCUCUUCUGAUCUAUGGUGCUAAUGCUCAUCUACUGUUUAAUACCACAUAAUCAUACUGUUAUUCCAAGGCUUCAGAUGUUUAGGUGACAGUGAUAUUUCAGAAUAACUCAAGGAGAGUAGUUUUCUCUCUUAUCAGAAGUGCAGUUGUUUUCGAAUCUGAAAUAAUGUUGCUUUCACCACUGAAUUUCAUACUGUUUGCACAUCACUGUAAACAUUGCAUCCUUUGUCAAUGAGUAGCUUGCCAUGUGUCUGCCUUUUUGCCUCAGAAACUCUUUUUUAACAUUUUCACUUAAUUGGAAAUUUUUAAAAACUUGUAACCUUGCAGAAUUCAUCAAACACCACUCUACUUCUAUUAAAUUCAGAAUAAAGCAGUCACGAAUGAAAGUUGACUUAAAGAAUCUCUUUAAACACUGAGAUUCUUCACUGAGUCAGAAAUUUAAAGAACAUGUAUGAGAGCAUGUAGCAGCCACAGAGUAGUCACAUUAUUUACAAUUAAAACUUUUGUAUUUCAAAAUAUGUUUGUGCAGAACAUCUAAAGGAUGUGUUUUCAUUUAACGGUAAAACAAAAUCAGCUCACGUGGGCUCUAACUUCAGGGACACUAAUCAUGUUGACUUAGUGUCCUACAUGCUUCAGCAGAAGGGAACUAGACUUGUUUUUGGAUCUUUAAGACAUUUCACCUCUCAUCCAAGGGUCUUCGUCACUAAGAGAUAUAGCAGAAUAUAUCCUCACCUGUCAUAGAGUGCAGUCAUGACAACCCUACCGAGGCGGUUUGGCCACCAUUCACACCUUUAGUCAUGUAAGUUGGAGGUGAUAAUGAAUACCUGGAGCUUGCCACCAACUGGGUAGAACUGAGGAAGCCGCUUGAAUGAGAGACGAAAAAUCCUUAAGAACCAAAGAAGUUCUUUUGUUUGAACCACUUGGAACUACCAUGACCUGGAUGAAUCCCUACAAAUGUAUUAAUGUGAUCUAAGCCUCCUCUGUAAAUCCUAAUGCUGUAGCCUAUUGUGUCUCAACAGGUAGAAAAUCAGUGUAGCUGAGGAGAUGAAACUUUUAACUUUGUAUUGCAGACUGAUAUGCAUUUACAUUUAUGAAGAGUAUUCUGGUGUCACAAGUAUCAUAACCUCUCAUUCACAGUUGUUGAUUUUAAAUGACAGUAUUUGAAGCACAGAGGCAGGUGUGCAGUCAAGGAAAUUAAUCUGUCUCCUUUUGAAUACAGGGUUUGUUUUGUUGCAAUUCUUUUGCCUUUAGUAAAAGUGUGAAAUGUUGACUCAUGAUAUUUGAGUGUUGUGACUGUAAUAAGAGAACAUAAAUACUUGAGAUUUUAUAGAUUUCUUGCAAUCAGAGAGAUGUAUUCUUUGUCGUCUAUGCUUAAUAAAUUGACUUUAAAAUCCAAA